AUGCCCAAAAAAGCUGCUACUUGUGUUAAUGGGGGGUCUUUAUUUGCUGUUGCAUGUUCAACUUUAUCACCUUUUGUAGGUAAAGUUGGAAUGCAAAGAAGAGAAGGAAAUUAUUCAUUGCUUUCAUUUGGUGUGGAGUCUGUGGACACCAAGAGUACUGUAACGGAAACGGAGGCAAAGGCUGAUGCUUCACAAGUUUUAUCUGCAAUGCUACCAUUUGUGGUGGCUCUUACUGCUGUUGCUGCUCUUUCUCACCCUUCAACUUUCACUUGGGUGUCAAGGGAAUUAUAUGCUCCUGCACUUGGAGGUAUAACGUUGUCUAUUGGAAUUAAACUCUCCUUUGAUGAUUUUACCCUUGCAUAUAAAAGGCCUGUGGCAUUAUCUGUAGGCUUUAUUGCGCAGUAUGUUCUGAAACCGGCACUUGGGGUGUUCGUAGCAUGCUCAUUCAAGAUGUCACCAGUGUUCUAUGCCGGUUUUGUUCUCAUGUCUUGUGUUGCAGGAGCUCAGCUAUCUAGCUACGCCAGUUUCUUGAGCAAAGGAGAUGUGGCAUUUAGCAUUCUCUUGACCAGCUCAACCACCAUUGCAUCCGUUCUUGUUACUCCUUUCUUAACAGGCCUUCUCAUUGGCUCUGUCAUUCCAGUCGAUGCAGUAGCUAUGGCAAAAUCAAUUUUACAGCCUGUGAUGCCAUUGGUUGCAAUGUUUUGUACCUCAAUGUGCAUUGGAAGCCCUCUUGCUAUAAAUAGGAGCCAAAUUCUUUCUGCUGAAGGUCUAAGAUUGGUCUGCCCUGUAUUGUCGUUCCAUGUUGUGGCAUUCAUCUUGGGCUAUUGGUUCUCAAAAAUUCCCCCUUUGAGGUUAGAAGAAGAUGAAUGCAGGACAAUUUCGUUGUGCACAGGAAUGCAAAGUUCAACGCUGGCAGGACUUCUUGCAACUCAAUUCCUUGGAUGCGCUCAAGCCGUUCCACCUGCUUGCUCAGUGGUUGCUAUGGCUAUCAAUGGCCUUUGUCUGGCUUCUUUCUGGGGCAGUGGAUAUCGAAUCAGAGACUUGCCAUCCCUUUUACUUCCACAAGCUCGAUCCACCAUCAAGGCUUAA